GAAGCUGACUGAGUGACUUCUGACUUCAGAGUUGUGUGACUUAUUUAAAGUAAAUAUUCAUAUGAAGGCGCUUUGUCGGCCAAGAUAAACUCAUCAAAGACGUGAUGAUGUCAAAAAGUGCCCAAGUGUAAUAUAAGCUUUACUCAUCUAAAAAUAUUUAAGCAUGUAGGGUUUGACUGAUCUGGUGCUGUUAACCUCCCAGCGAGUGGAGCUGACCUCAUUUUAGAUGUUUUCCUUGCUAAAGCUCAAGUCUAAUGCUACUAUCCUAUUUUUUUUCAUCUAUCAUGGCAUCACUACGAAUUUUAAGUACAUCGAUGGGUACAGAAAACAGAUUUGGGAGCUGGUGACGGAUAGCUUGUUUUACCAAACGUGCUCAAGCGUGGCGAAGCUCGCCCAUCUGGUCACAGAAACUGUGAGAGUUUUGAAUGGAAUGAUGACAUUUAUAGGUCUGGAACGCAAACAGGAAGAAUCAACAUUACCCAAGAAGGAUGAGUAAACCAUGGCUGUUUCUGGAAUUUACUGUGGUGAAGGACAUAGAUUUGUUGCUGUGAUAAAUCGCCGGCAGUUUCUUUCACAGCGGCGCCGGCGAGAAGUCCUCCAGAGGCCAAUAGUUCGAGUCCGAUAUUCGCGUCCCAUCCUCGGAGAAAGACUUGUGUUUACCUCGCUAGCUGGCUCCUUUCGGCCAGCUGACAAACCAGCCAACAUGUUUCGGUUCAUAAAUGACGUCGAAGAAGAUCCGUAUAUGAUGGAUCCCUUUGCAGCUCACCGGCAGCAGAUGAGGAGCAUGUUUGGGCCAUUUGCCAUGGACCCUUUUGCACUCACCCCCCAGAUUCAAGCGCCGCGGCCGCCUCGUCGACAGGCUGGUGCUCUCACACCCUUCGGCAUGAUGGGGAUGGGUGGAGGCUUCAUGGACAUGUUUGGCAUGAUGGGAGAAAUGAUGGGGAACAUGGAGAGGAUGUCCGGUUCUCCCAACUGUCAGACGUUUUCCUCCUCCACGGUGAUAUCCUACUCUUCCAUAGACUCCGGGGCUCCCAAGGUCUACCAGCAAACCAGUUCAACGAGAACAGGGCCUGGAGGGAUUCGCGAGACACGACAGUCAGAAAGGGACAGCGAGAGCGGCCUGGAACGCCUCGCCAUCGGCCAUCACAUCGGCGAACGUGCACACAUAAUGGAGCGCUCUCGAAAUCGCCGUACAGGAGACCGUGAGGAACGGCAAGAUUUUAUCAACCUGGACGAGAGUGAAGCCGAUGCGUUUGAUGAGGAGUGGAGGACUCAGGCAGGAAGAUUUGCACAGCCAAACGCCCGCACGCUCGACUAUGGUCGAGACCGACGCGGGGGAGGUCAGCAGCUGGCUCUCCCUGCUGCCCCGAGCUACACUCCACCUCCAGGACAUCGGCACGAGUCCCCCAGACACCGUCAACCUCAAUCCCGCCCACGCUACGACUGGUGUCAUGUUUGAGACGGCGGGCAUGUGGAAGGAUUUGAGGGACCGCCCCCCCCACGCCCUGAUGCUGUGAACUGCGCUGAAGACGGACGUCUGAUCGUCUGCCAUAAAUGUUUGAUAUGACCAGACUGUACAACAUCCCACCCCUGAAACAAACACACUUAAUUGUUGCAUUUACUUCCAGUGCUUUCCCCCGCACACACUUGUACAAACAUGCGUCUAACUACACUCACUUUAUAUCUUCCUCUUCUCAAAACUUGACGUGUUUCCCCCGAUCUGCACUCGAGUGCUCUAGUAAACUGCAUCUGCUGUACAGUCUGUUUGUCCGUGUAAAGACACACGUGUGUCUGUGACUUUAAUUGUAUACUGUUAACUAUACUAAUGAAUAAAGGCUCAUUAAACAUUGUUAGAUAACAU